AAUGAUAUUANAAAUCUUCAAAGGGCUUCUCAGGAUCCUCAAGGGAACGGCAAGGACUAUCAUUGCAAAGGUUCACCAUCAUGUCCAGAGAAGUUCGUUGCUGGGAUCCUGGGAAUCAUCUGCCUCAUCUUGAUGUCCACCUUGGUCACAAUAGCUGUUAUUCACUCUACUGAAGGACCAGAGCAGAACAAAACGUCCCUGGAAACAACGCUCCAGAAAGCGUGUCACUGUUGUCACUGCCUGAGAGAGUGGUUUACGUAUUCCAACAGCUGCUAUUACUUUAGCCCUGAGAAAAAGUCAUGGAAUGAGAGUUGGACGUCCUGUGCGUCUAAGAAUUCUAGCCUGCUCUACUCUGAUGAUGAAGAGGACAUGUUUUCGUCGAAUUUAUUCUCUCUUCUGACAUGGAUUAGAGUCUCCCACAGAAGAGAUCAAAAUUCACCUGUGCAGGCAAAAGGCGUAACAUUUGCUUCCACUGAGUUGUCAGUAUCUUCAGAGAGUGAGAAGAAUUGUAUAUGUGCCGCUUUGGUGGAGGGUGGGGGAAGUGCCGCAGCCUCAGAUCUGCCCGGGGUCCAGCAGCAAUACAAGCCGAGCGCGUUUGGGGAAGAGAGCAACUUCAGGUCCGCAGAGUCCUCUUCGCCUCACCCUGCAGCAACCGCUUUACCCGCCGCCGCGGCUUCAGCAGGCAACUUUUCGCUCACGCAGCCGCCGCUUCACAAGUUUAGCAGCACUUCACCAGGUGGCCGCCACCGCCGCUUCAGUGGGGCGAUGUCGCGCGCGCCCCUGCUGCUUCACCCGGCGCCGGGACCACCUCCGCAGGCGUUCCUGCUGGUUAACGGGCCGUCACCUCCAUGGAUGGUGCUGGACGCGCGGCAGUUCAAAGUUAGUACCAGAGAUGACAUUGUUCAACUGCAAACGAGUGUGUCCCUCACCCCGCACUCCACCCAGUGUCGCUGCACGAGCAAUCUUGUCAGCACAUGA